AGAAAAACCAAACGAACCCCAAACAAACACUAUGCUGGUGGCUCACGGGUGUGCGAAGCAAUUAUAAGGUAUUGGGUCAAAGCUGGGUCGGGUACAGAGUUAGGAUCUGGGGUUUAACGGCAGAGUACUGGGUCGGGGUUAAACGUCGUUGGUAUCACCGGCGUGAAGUCUACGGCGGCGACACCACCACAAGGUAACGGAGGCGUGACGGUUGUUUCUCGCUAAGUAUGAACCCUAAUAACCAGCUCGACAAUGGCGGAGCUAGGGUUCUUCAAGUAUCAGCAUAGAGAGACCGAUUAAAUUUUUCUUGAAUUGAAUUUAUUCACAAAAACGAAGAACACACACACAAAAAUGCCUAAGAAACAACAGCAGCAACAACAACAACAACUGAUUGUUGUGAUUGAAGGGACAGCGGCCUUGGGUCCUUACUGGAGCACCAUUGUGGCAGAUUACUUGGAAAAUAUCAUCAGGUCUUUUUGUGGUAAUGAAGUGUCGGGACAGAAGCCAUCUUCUUCUGUUGCGGAGCUCUCCCUAGUCGCGUUUAAUGCUCAUGGAUCUUAUAGUGCUUGUUUAGUACAGAGAACUGGCUGGACAAGAGAUGCUGAUAUUUUCUUGCAGUGGCUAUCUGCAUUACCCUUUGCUGGUGGAGGUUUCAAUGAUGCUGCUAUUGCGGAAGGACUUGGUGAAGCUAUAAUGAUGCUUUCUCCUCCAAGUGGAAGCCAAGCCCAACAAAAUGUGGAUGGACAAAGGCACUGCAUUCUGAUUGCAGCAAGUAAUCCUUAUCCCUUGCCCACACCAGUUUAUCGACCCAAGCUGCAGAAUUUGGAACAGGGUGAAAACAUGGAGGCUCAAACGGAAAGUCGUUUGUCAGAUGCUGAGAUGGUUGCCAAAUCAUUUGGUCAGUGUUCUGUUUCUCUGUCAGUCAUUUGUCCAAAACAACUUCCAAAACUUAGAGCAAUCUACAAUGCAGGGAAACGCAAUCCUCGAGCAACAGAUCCGCCUGUUGACAAUGUUAAAAAUCCUCAUUUUCUUGUUCUAAUAUCAGAGAAUUUCAUGGAGGCUCGUGUUGCUUUAAGUCGGCCUGGAACCACAAAUUUAGCACCCAAUCAGAGUCCUGUAAAGCUGGACAUAGCUUCAGUUCCUCCAGUUUCAGGGCCACCUUCAACUUCUGUUCCUCCAGUAAAUGGACCUAUCAUGAACCGGCAGCCAAUCUCCGUUGGAAACAUCCCCCCUGCAACUGUCAAAGUUGAACCCAGCACUGUUGGUUCUAUGGUAUCUGGUCCUUCUUUUCCACACAUGCCGUCUGUUCCUCGAGCGGCUUCUCAAGUAGUCCCAAGCUUGCAGGCAUCUUCACCAAUAUCUGCUUCUCAAGAAAUGAUUGCAAAUAAUGAUAAUAUGCAAGAUUUAAAACCUAUGGUCAGUAUGCCUCAGCCCUUACGUCCUGUGGGUCCUGCAGCAGCAAAUGUGAGUAUUCUGAACAAUCUCUCUCAAGCGCGGCAAGUGAUGAACUCUGCAGCCCUAACAGGAGGAACUUCUAUUGGACUUCAAUCAAUGGGUGGAACUUCCAUGGCCAUGCAUAUGUCAAACGUGAUAUCCAGUGGAAUGGCAUCUUCUGUGUCUGCUGCUCAAACUGUGUUACCAUCUGGGCAAUCAGCUAUCACAUCAAAUGCUGGGUCUGGGACACUUGCCGGAACUGCACAGGUUGCACAAAACUCAGUUCCUGGUUCAUUCACUUCUGCUUCUUCUAAUGUAUCUGGGACUUCAAACCUUGGCAUGUCACAACCACUGGGUAAUCUUCAAGGAGGUGUUAGUAUGGGUCAAUCAGUACCUGGAUUGAACCAAGGAAAUCUUCCUGGAGCUCAGAUGGUACAGGGUGGAAUGGGCAUGAAUCAAAACAUGAUGAGUGGCGGCCCUGGUCUGUCUGGCAUGUCAUCUGGAACUGGCACAAUGAUUCCUACACCAGGAAUGACUCAACAAGGUCAACCAGGAAUGCAGUCCCUUGGUGUGAAUAACAAUUCAGCAGCCAAUAUGUCCAUGUCCCAACAGACAUCAAGUGGGUUGCAAUCUGCGCAGUCUAAAUAUGUGAAAGUUUGGGAGGGAAACUUAUCUGGGCAGAGACAAGGCCAGCCUGUUUUCAUCACUAGACUGGAAGGUUAUAGGAGUGCAUCAGCUUCUGAGACGCUUGCGGCAAAUUGGCCACCAACAAUGCAAAUAGUUCGGCUUAUCUCUCAGGACCACAUGAACAACAAGCAAUAUGUCGGAAAGGCAGAUUUUUUAGUUUUCCGGGCGAUGAAUCAGCAUGGUUUUCUUGGACAACUACAAGAAAAGAAGCUUUGUGCAGUGAUACAGUUACCAUCACAGACAUUGCUGUUAUCUGUUUCCGAUAAAGCCUGCCGCUUGAUUGGAAUGCUUUUCCCUGGGGAUAUGGUUGUGUUCAAGCCACAGAUAUCGAGUCAGCAGCAACAACAGCAACAAAUGCAACACCAGCAGCAACUUCAAGCACAACAGCAUCCACAGUUGCAACAGCAACAACUUUCCCAAAUGCAGCAACAAGCAGCACUUCCACAGAUGCAACAACAACAGCAAACGCUUCCGCAACAAAUGCAGCAACAACAACAAACCCUUCCACAAAUGCAGCAACAGCAGCAGCAACAGCUUUCACAGAUGCAGCAACAGCAACAACAACAGCAACA